CCCCCGGUGGGGGAGACCGGCCUCGCACCACCUGGGCUAGUGACUGCACGGACCGUGCCAGCCAAUGAGCUCCACCUCCCCAGUGCCAAGCCUAGGACGUGCCAUCCUUGGCGAACCCCAGACACACAGACCUGAGACAGAAGGAUGGCCCUGUCCGCGGCAGACAAGUGCAACGUGAGAGAAUUCUGGGAAAAACUGGGUGAGAACACCAAGGUGUACGGCACUGAAGCCCUGGUGAGGACCUUUCUUUGUUUCCCCGAAACCAAGACCUACUUCCCCCACUUUGACCUCUCCGGGGGCUCCCGCCAGGUUCAGGCUCAUGGCAAGAAGGUGGCAGACGCCCUGACUUUGGCCGUCAGCCACCUGGAUGACCUGCCAGCCUCCCUUUCCUCCCUGAGCAAUCUCCACGCCCACAGACUCAAGGUGGAUCCCGUCAACUUCAAAUACCUGUCUCACUGUUUGCUCGUGACCCUGGCGAGGCACCACCCAGGCAACUUGAACCCCGAGGUGCACGCUUCUCUGGACAAGUUCCUGAGUUACGUGUCCGUGGUGCUAACGUCCGAGUACCGUUAAGCCGGUAGGGGACCGCCCGAGCGCGGCGUCGGCGGCUCCCUCCGCCAGUUGUAAUACACGUGAAACUUUAAAUAAAGGCGAAAUCUAUGGCAACCUA